AUGGCCGACAACAACACCAUCUCAUGUCCUUUUUGCCCUUUCACAGACUCCGAUGCUGACUUUUUGUCCCAACACAUCGAAUUCUGCCAUCCUGAAACCGGGGUAGCUGAUUUCCUGCAGGGAACCCCGCAAGAAUUCUCAGGCCAAAACUCGGCUCCACUACCAGUGGACGAGGAUGGUGCAGAUAAAUAUGUCGACUGUCCACAUGGAUGCGGUGAGAUAAUAGAAAGUGCGGAGCUCUCGAGUCACCUGGAUCUGCAUGUUGCAGAGGACGUGGCGCUGGAUGAUAUCGUCGCCACAUCGGCACGCUCAACUGCAGAGGUACAUGACCAUGGGUAUGAUGGGUCCUAUGAUGAUGAAGAUUCCCUCGACAUGCUCGACUCUCACAAAGGAGGCAAGCGCGGGAUGCAACGAGACUCCUCGCGAGUUAACACUGCCAAGCCACCAAGGCCUCACAGUCCGCCAAGGACAACCAAUGCCGAUGGCACAAAGAGACUAGGGCGCUCGGAGUUGGGUCCUCAUGCCCACGAGAAGAAAAUGCCAUCAUGGCUAAAGAAGAUGCUAGAGAAGGGCGGCAGCAUAUCAAAGCAAACGCAAAUCACAUCGGACGGCAGAUUCACUCGACGCGCAACAAUAGAAAACGAGACCGACAAUCUGAUUCCUGUUCUUGCUCGAUUGUGUGAACAGGACAAAUCCGUCCAGCGGGCAUUCUUCUGUAGCCCCAAAGUCCGCCAUAUCUGCAAGAUGCGUCGGGAAGGCGGAUUUUGUGGCUAUCGCAAUAUUCAAAUGAUGGUUUCUUGGCUGAAAAAGUCUCGUGGCUUUGGCCAUGAGCACUUCCCAAAUAAGGGGCCAACGAUCCUUGAGCUGCAGGAUAUGAUUGAAUCGGCCUGGGAUAUGGGGUUCAAUAGCUCUGGAAGAGCCGAGACAGGUGGUAUCAAAGAUACGCGCAAGUUUAUUGGAACACCUGAAGCACAAGCACUUUUCAUGAGCCUAGGAAUCCCAUGUGAAGCCCGGAGUCUGUCAGAGAGAAGCGAUUUACGGGCCUGUGAUGCUCUUUACAUUGAUGUCGCCGACUAUUUCCGAUCAGCGUGCUCACCAGAAGACGAGACGAAGAUCGUCCAGACUGAGCUCCCUCCAAUAUACUUCCAGCAUCAAGGUCAUUCUAUGACAAUUAUCGGAUUCGAAAUACGAGACAAUGGCAGCGCAAAUCUGCUGGUAUUCGAUCCCAUGUUCAAGACUUCUCCUGCAAUGGAGCGUCUGAUCGGGGCAUUUGUCAAGCCUUUAGAUCCCACUCGUCUUCUCAAAGCAUAUCGCAGAGGAACACCUUAUCUGCAAAAGUACAAGAUAUUCGAGCUUCUCAAGUGA